AUGCAGAGAGGGGAUAACAGCGAUCCCAUUGUGCUGUCACCUUUCGAGCGUCGCUCGCGUUUCUACCCUCCUCAAGCCCACAAAGUGGUGUGUGAACCGACAUGUCUCACCAACACGUCAUCCUCCCUCAGGAAUGAAGAUCACAAAAUUCCAGGGUAGCUCAUCGUGACGGGGACAUUUGCGUAUGGGUGUGAGCGCGCGUGCAUCCAUGACUAAGUCCGUGCAUGUGCGUGACUAACCUCUUCGUCAGAUCUGAACAAUUCAUCCUCUCCCGACCACCCCCAGUGUGACUCAAUUGCUGCCAGCUAAGGCCUGACUGAGGCACGGUCUUAACUGGAUCUACGAAGAACCUAGUGGUAGGGCAGCAGUCAAGUCUGUCCAGCAGGGGCACAUUUUGCUGCAAAUAAAGAUCCCUGCAAGCAAAUCGAGCAGGGAAUUCUUGGCGAGACUGGCAGAUAUUAAUUAUUCGUUGGCGUCUAAAUACUGCAGAGCGAGGUGUUAGUCUGCCAGUGGCGGGCUGAAAUGCCCAAAUCUUUUGUAGCCUUUGGGCAUAUCCACUUAGCGGUAAAUUUCUGAAAGUCGGGUCACAGCUAUCGCACUUAUUAAGUAGGGAAAUUAUUUUCUUCUGGUAAUUGCAACGAUAUACGAAAACAGGUUUUUGGAUGAGUAGGCAGAUGUCUAAAUGUCAGAAUUGCUGAAUGGAUUAGUAUGUAGGUCCGAAUGUUGCAGAUUGUGUCAACAAGCGUAGUAUAUGUAUAAUACUGCUGAAAGUAACAUGCGAUGCUACAGAAAGCGGGUCGAGCUGCGAUUUAAAAUACCCCGAGGUAGAAGAAGAAGAAGAUGAUGAUGAUGAUGAUCAUCAUGAUGAUGACGACGACGACGACGACGACGACGACGACGACGACGACGACGACGACGACGACGACGACGACGACGACGACGACGACGGUGAUGAUGAUGAUGAUGAUGAUGAUGAUGAUGAUGAUGAUGAUGAUGAUGAUGAUGAUGAUGAUGAUGAUGAUGAUGAUGAUGAUGAUGAUGAUGAUGAUGAUGAUGAUGAUGAUGAUGAUGAUGAUGAUGAUGAUGAUGAUGAUGAUGAUGAUGAUGCCCGGGCGACCAGCUCCGCUGUAGGCAAAUUCUUACUGGAUAUAUGA